GCCAAGUGCCUCCGACCCUUCCAGUACAUGCCAUUUCCACGCCAUGUUGAUUACAGACGCGAAUAUGGACGGUCUAUUCAUCCGGUCCCGGAGUCGUUGCGCAGGGAUAAAAGGAGGAGCAGGGACUUGGAAGCUUUGCUUCUUUCCUUCUCCCACUUGCAACCCCCGGUUUGACAGCGGACAACAUAGCUGAUCAUGGAGACUAUCCGGGACGCACCAUUCGGCCAACUCCUACGCUGGCUCACAAGAGACCGUGUCUUGCUCUAUCCAGAGGAACGCCCCGAUUUCGUACUGCCUGAACCGUAUAAAAACCCGGACACGAAACUACCGAGUGAUACCCUUGAGGACGUCGAGAAGCAGGAAGAUUCCAAAGAACUCGGCCCCGGACCUGACGCUGGAGCGAGGGAUAUCGAGGAGGGCAGCGAGGCAACGGACCAUCCUCCUGUUCAACCCCAGCGGACCAACGAUGGUUGUAUUCUGGUGAAUUGGUACUCGGAUGAUGAUCCGGCUAAUCCGCAGAACUGGUCUUCCCUGAAGAAAGCGUUGGUGACACUGCAGAUAUGGUAUGUUAACUGAACAGGAAGAAUGUUGUCGAGCGCUGGCUAACAAUACCUGGGUGUAGUCUAUACACCUUUGUUGUUUAUGCGGGCUCUUCCAUAUACGUUCCAGGUGAAGAGUAAGUAAGCAUGUUAUUCAUGCUGCACUUGUCCUUGAAGCUGACAUUGUACCAUGUACGAAGGCUCAUCAUGGACCGCUUCGGCGUCCAGUACUUUAAAGCAUCACUGGGCCUGGCCCUAUACGUCCUUGCCUAUGGACUUGGGCCCCUUCUGUGGUCACCGUUGAGUGAAAUGCCCCUGUUAGGCCGGAACAUCCCAUACAUCGUCACCUUCUUUAUUUUUGUGAUCCUCUGCAUUCCGACAGCUCUGGUCGACAACCUGGGUGGUCUUCUGGUAUUACGCUUUCUCCAGGGAUUCUUUGGAAGUCCCUGUCUGGCGUCUAGCGGUGCUACCAUGCAAGAUAUACACUCACUGUUCCUCUUGCCUGUAUUUCUUGCAGCCUGGGUCUCAUCGGCCUAUUGUGGUCCUGCUCUGGGCUCCUUGCUAUCAGCAUUCGCCGUCACGGCUGAAGACUGGCGUUGGGCAUUGUGGGAAAUCCUCUGGAUGGCCGGUCCUGUCUUCGGAGUCAUGUUCUUCUUCCUCCCCGAGACUUCAGCAGAUAACAUCCUCCUUCGACGAGCAAAAAGGCUGCGGAAGUUGACAAACAACCAGGCCUUUUCCUCGCAGUCGGAAGUCAAACAGCGCCAUCUGCGUUUCCAUGACAUCCUGGUUGAUUCCCUGAUCAAGCCUCUGGAAAUCACCAUGAAGGAUCCGGCUGUCCUCUUCACGAACGUGUACACGGCUCUCGUCUACGGUAUCUACUACUCCUUCUUCGAGGUAUUCCCGCUCGUCUACCCGGUCAUCUACGGGUUCAGUCUGGGGCUAACGGCGACGGUCUUCGUCUGCAUCAUCGUGGCUUGUAUUCUGGGUGUUUCUGUCUACUACGCGUACCUAUUCCUCUAUCUGUUUCCGGAUAUCAUGAAGAGGGGUCUUCGUGCCCAGGAACACCGGCUGGUUCCUGCCUUGUUUUCUGCCUUUUUCACUACGGCUGGGCUUUUUAUAUUCGCAUGGACAUCCCGAAAAUCAGUCCACUGGAUAGUCAGUGUGAUCGGCCUGGUGAUCUAUGGGGGAUCCGGCUUUAUCACUAUGCAGUGUAUCUUCAUAUACAUUCCCAUGUCAUACCCGCAGUACGCGGCGUCGCUGUUCGCAGCAAACGAUGCGUUUCGCUCGAUGUUCGCCUUUGGUUCCAUUCUGUUCUCGCGCGCUAUGUAUCUCAACCUGGGUGUUGCCAAGGGGGUGACCUUGCUGGCUGGGUUGAGUGUGUUGGGUAUCAUUGGUAUGUUCGUGUUAUACUUCUACGGUGCAAAUCUCCGUCGUCGGUCCAAGUUCGCUCUACAUGAAUAAUUGUCUUGAAGUUUCUAUAGAUAGAGAGAGAAAGGGGGAGGAAGUACUGGGAUAAUGCAAUGGGAAUAUAAUAGAAGUAGAGUAUGAAUAAACUACUGUAUUACCAUUUAGAAUAAUACAUUCAGAUAAUGCCCG